GUCUUCCCUUGCCAAGCAGCUGCCAGGGUCUUUCUCUUCUCCCUGCGAUGAUCAUGAAGUUGUGCCGGGGGGCACUCUGCCGCCAAAGGCGGAGUCGAGGAAGGGGGCAAAGAGCCAAGGCUGUCCUGCGUUGUCACGAAUUGCUUUUUCUUCCCUUUCCCCUCGCGAGUCCCAACCCAUUCCUAUUUGCUUCUGACCUCAACAUUUCUGACAAGGCUCUUGUUUUGCGGUGUUCCUGCUGUCAGAUUCGUCUUCCAGUCGUCGUGUAUUGCUCUGGGUCUGGCAGCGGGUGCCCCGAACUCUGACAUGGCAUCUCACACUGAUAGAGUUUUGUGGGGCUUUUUACUUCAAGC